AUGAUCACGGAUUCUAGAGCGUGUCAUUUCAUUGCGGCUUCACCAUAUUUCAUCUUACUGCAAGGAAGGAAGAUGCCGCGAACUCUACUACUAUGUUAUAUCCAUGGCUUCAAGGUGCGCGGUGAACCCCGGUCGAUAAUCGGACAGAACGACAUUGCUAAUUCCUUCGCCAAAAUACAGGGCAGCGAUGAUACCUUUCACGCAUUUCCCGAAGACCUGAAGAAGCUCGUCUCCGAGCAGCUCCCCGAUGACCAUGUCGAAUCGAUCGUGUACCCCAAAUACGAGACUAAAGGCGACCUAUCUCAAGCCUCCGAGGCUCUAUUGGAGUGGUUGAAGGGCCAAGUCAUGGAGGUGCGGAAGAGCCACGUCGAGGCUCCCUGGCCACCAAACGAUCGACAAGUGGGCGUAAUCCUCGUCGCACAUUCCAUGGGCCCGGUCCAUGUUCGUAUACGGCGCAUUCUCGAAUUACCAAAAGUCAGCAACGUGUUCAACGUCAUGGCCACCCUCUCCGCCGCCGCCCCGGCAACCCUCGGCCGUCUAGCAGCGCGGCGCGCCGCCGGGAGCGCCGCCUCCGCCGCCACGUCCUCCAUCCCGGCCAGCAGCCCCGCGUGGAAGGCCUGGCAGCUCGUCGCCGUCCGCACCGGAACCGUCGGCGCCAUCGCCGCCGGCGGUGCCGCAGCCUACAUGCACCGCGAAGCCAUCGCGCGCGGCCUGCGCAGCGUGCGGAACCUCAACCGCGAAGCCGUCGUGGACGGAUACCGCCAAGGCGUCGGCGCCCUGGGCCAAGGCCUCGCGUACAUCAAUCGAGGCAACGUGGGCCGCUCCUACGCGUGGCUGGCCGACCACUUCACCUUUGUCGGCGCCUUGCUGAAGCCCAACGAGCUGAGCCGCCGCCUCGGACGGCUGGCGGCCCUGCGCGGCGUGGGCAUCCACGACGUGUACUGCUCGCUCGGCGAGAACGGGUACUGGUCCGGCGGGUAUUUCGUCCCCGAGCGCACGUUUUGCGCCGUUCCCGAGCCCGAGCACGACGCGUACAAUGUGUUCUCGCGCUGCGUCGUCGCCGAGGCGGAGGACGAGAUCCAGGCGCACAUGGGCAUGUUUGAGCCCAAGAAGAAUGCCGAAUACGCCAAGAUGACGGAGAACGCCGCCAAACUCGCGGUAGAGUGGUUCCUCAGCGAGGAGCCCGUCGUGGAUGACGAAAAGUUUCGUGACCCGCCGCCGGAGGAGGCGGCCGAGGACACCAUUGUCAAGGAGACGCUCGAGGAAGCAGGAGCUGUACCUCCCACGGCGGCACCGGAAGCUGAUGCGGAGUCUGAAAAGCCGCCUAGCCUUCCCGACGUCUCGCCAGUCGACAUUGCUGCGGCCGCUUCCGUCGUCCCGCUGCCCGACGACGACGAGGCGGGAGGAGAUCUGGUUGACACGGUGCUGGCAGACAGCGAUGAGAAGAAGACGUACAUGAAGUAUCUCUUCGAGGUUGCCCAGCAAACAGGGACGGGCAUCAAGGACACUUGGUAUUCCAAGAUGCCUGACCUCCAAUCCUCCACUUCGUCCCUCAUCCCCACGAUGCCCUCGGUCAACUUGCCCUCUGUAAACAUGCCAUCCGUGAACUUGCCUUCCGUGAGCAUGCCCUCCAUGAGCAUGCCGUCGGUCAACAUCUUUUCCAAGAAGGCAGCAGAGCCAGAUUCAAAAGCGACUACUACAACCGGAGAGGAGGAGAAGCCGGCCGAGAAGGAGGAACAGGAGGCCGGCUCGAAGAAGGAAACCAAUUAA